UGUGCUUCUGCCCUUCUCUCUCUCUCUCUCUCUCCGGCGCACUAGCCGUCUAGAGUUCAAGGACAUCGUAGGCGUUCGGUGAAAUUACGGAACGAAAAAGUGAGACAACAUGGGCGUGUCUUUCAAGGUUGCAAAAACGGGUACGAGGUACCGGCCGAAGCUGCUUCAGAUUGAGGACAAUGACAACGAGAAUGGCUCUGUCACCGAGUCUCAGAAGAGUGCUAACGAGGGUAAUAUAACUGAGAAAGGAGCUAAGGCUGCUGAGUAUUCAAAUUCAUUUACCAAACCUACAGUGCACUCAGUUUCAGAAGAUCUUGAAGUGUCCUUUUCACUGAAUUUAUUCCCAAAUGGGUUUUCUUUCGGAAAUGCCUCUGAGGUGUUCAAUGAUGAGCCAAAGGAAUUGCACCCUUAUGACAGGGCAUCGAAGACACUUUUCUCUGCUAUUGAGUACGGUUGCUUACCCGGAGAUCUUUUGGAUGAUAUACCCUGCAAAUAUGUCAAUGGAGCACUUCUGUGUGAGAUUCGGGAUUAUCGUAAUUUAUGGCCCCAGAAAGGAGGUCCUGCUGCUUCUGUGGAGAAAUCUUCAAUUGUUCAUAAAGUGCUCCUACAUAUUUGUAUGGAAAAUGUGGUCAAGGACAUCUCCUUGAUUGCAGAUGAUUCUUGGACCUAUGAAGAUAUAUUGGAAAUUGAGUCCCGCAUUCUUAAGGCUUUGCAACCUGAUCUUCAUCUGAACCCAGACCCACUGUGGGACAGGCAUCGUGGAGAACUCCUGGCAAAGAAGCUGAACUUGGGAAUUGCUUGGAGCUGGAAAAAGAGAAGGCUUGGUGACACAAUAGCAAUUCAUACAUCAUCCAGGAAUCCAAAUAAUGUGACCCAAAUUUCAAGUAGUUGUGAUAUCCAGAAUUCCAUCUCUCAAUCUGGCUUCACGUAUCAAGAUAGAGUUACAUGUUUACAGGAAAACAAUGUUCUUCCAGAGACUAUGUCACAGUCAAAUCUUUUGAUGGUAGACAAUCAAUUAGCAGAUAGUUGUAAUCAAUCUGUGUCGAUAGCUCAGAAAAAAUCCAGUUUUGUUCGUGUACCCUAUCAAGAUUGUAGUAACACCAGAAGUAAUUCAACAAAAGCCAUCUCAUCCAUAUCUGGCGAGAAGGGUAGAUGUGAAACGGAAGCACUUCAAGAGUAUAUUCCUAUAAAGCUCAAGCAAGAGCCUGUAGACUUCUCUCAACAACAGCUUCCUGGAGGCCAAGCCAAAAGCAUUCUUGCACCUGAACUACUGCGGGAGAACACUCUCUUACAUCAGCAAAUUAUGGCUGAAAAACUUCAAGAUGAAAAAAAUCAGCACAAAUCACAUCCUUCUCUGUUAAUAAACAGUGGCCAACCGUUUCUUGAAGGUAUUCCAAGGCUGCUUGCUGGAAUGCCCACUUGUACUGUGAAACAAGAGCCCGCAGAAAGUAGUUUCUUCAGUUCAGAUGUUAGGAAGAUAAACGAUAACUGCUUUCAGAUGGAUAAGAGAAUUACUCAAUCUAAUCUUCAGCACUUAGAACAGCAACAACUAUCAGCACUGUUAAGAGCCAAUACCCCUUCUACCCACUCAUCGUGUAAUCGCGUUACUCAGCUGGAUAACAAAAGUUUGAGGAGUGAAAGUGCUACUCAGAAGAGAAAAGCUUUGCAAAAUCCACAGGUUUCAGCUGGUAUCAGAAGUGCAACUCUAAGUUCUCAACAUGAUGAUUCUUGGGCAAGAGAGGCAUCUAUACCUGCAAAAGGGAAACCGAGUUAUCAGAAUAUAGGCUCGAAUAUGAAAGUAGUCGGUUCUCUUGCUCGCACCCGCAAUUUGAAUGCAGUCAAUGGAAACAUUCUUCCAGCUGGAAAUCUUCCUUCAUUCAAGCCUCCAGAAACUAAAGUUGACCCUGUUAUUGAGAGGUUAUUGAAGAUUGAAGGGAUUACUCAAAGGUAUGGACUGAAUUACAAGAAACACAAAUUGGACCCCUUUUUGCGAAGAAAACCUUCUUUUCAUACAAAUCCUCUGGUUGCUUUCCACCUUUCAAUUUCUGAGGACAAUAGAAAGUCAAAGGAUGAUGCUAUAAAUAAAGUUCCUCCAUCAAAGUGCUCUAUUGAAAGGAGAUUUAAUGUCUGUAAGAGCAGAACAUUGACAUUUGUACGUCAAUGCCAUGUCAAUGACAGAAAUGUGACUCCCAUGGUUGAUAGAGAGGCUCAGAUCACACUGUUCAUAUCAGAGAAGCUUAAUGAGGGAAUAUUGGAAGCAAGUCUUUAUUAUGGAGACAAAGGAGAGAUUGGUUCUUUUGUUAUCCCCCUCUUUUUCUCUAGCACUCAUUCAAUGGACAUUUUUGCUUCUCAGUUCACUUCAUUGAUGCUGGAUGAAGGAUACCGCAUUGCUAGUGAUCGUGUGGAACCUACAGCUCUCAACACUGGGGGUGACUCAAGCAGUCACUCAAGAGUUAUAAACAAUGCUACUCCAGCAACUGGAACUGCUGAGUUGCCUGCCCCAGCUCUGAUUUCUGGAUUAUCACCUCUAAUGCACAAUCCUAUGACUGCCAGCUUAUCAGCCCAUAACGCCACACGAUUACCCUCACAGAACAUUCUCUCUAGAGCCAACUUGCUCCCCCCUGAAAACAUUUGGUCAACUAUACAGCUCCCAGGCAGUUGGAUAUCCAAAUCACAACUUGACAUUGCUGCACCAGUCAGUGCCCCACAAUGGCAGAUGAUAUUGAGUAAUCGUGCCCGUUUACAGUUGCAGAUGCAGAUGCAGAUGCAGCAACGAGAAAGAAAACAGGAAAUUAUGCAAGGAAACUUAUUAGCGGGAGGAUUGGGAGUGGCUGCAGGUGGACUUGGUACAGUCCAACCGAAUUGUGGAAUCCAGGGGCUUGGAGAUGUUAAUAUUGGUUCUUUCAGUAAUCUCAUGGGUGUGGGUGGCUCAUCACCUAUGCUAAUGGGAGGAUUUAGGACUUGGAUUGGUAGUGGGAGUCAAUCUAGCAGUAUUUGCAGCAAUAUAUCAGGUUCAAGUGACAGUAAACAGCUUCUUGGUUUGAUUAAUCAUGCAGCAGUAGAUACAGCAAACAUGAGGACAGCAGAAACCCAGGGGAGAGCCUCAAUCGGUGUAGUUCCACUACAGAGAAAUGUCAGUGGGAUGCCAAUGGAUGCAUUGAAUCCUCAAAGCAUGGCAUAUAACUUCAACAACCAGUGGCAGCCACAGCUACAAUUGCAGGAGCACCUACAUGUGCUGCAGUCUCAGGAGGAUAUGAAAUCACUGCUCCAGCCUCAAGCACUGACUAGUUUAGUUGAGAAUGUGGGUUUGCCCACGCGCCAAGUCACCUUGCAAAGAUCUGAUGACCAGCCUCCAAUGAGUCACGGCAACUGAACCCCAGGGAUAUGAUGGCACUGGUCAGUCCUGAAAAUGUGCCGAUGAGUUAUCAAGUGCAUGGAUCUGUGGGUGGUUAUGCAGUCAAAAACUGGUUGGUCAGAUCGAUGGCGUAAUUAGCCAGGGUGUUAUAAAAUAAUAGAUUCGAAGAUAGAUAGGCAUACAGGCAUUCUAUUUUAGAAGCAAAAAAUAUUUUGUGUUCCUAGUCAGUCUCCUAUUUUAGCUUUGCUGCAUCUUGUAGUUUUAAACAUAUGCUGCCCAUCUUGUUCAUUGUGUAAAUUAGCAGGGUUAGACCUGGUUUGAAUA